CUCCCUAGUAAAUGUAUGUAUGUAUGUACCCCCAGAGAGAAACUUGUACCACGGAGCGGAAGUAGCCGCUGUGUAUCUAAUGCUUUGACGUUGCGUGAAAUUGCCCUUAUAAACAAAUUGUAUUUCACACUGUUAAAUCGUUUAUUGACGUUUAAUGUUGAAACAACUCCAUUCGAAAUGUACGCAUUUAUCAUUCGGAAAAAAUAGUUUAAGAGUAAGACGUUCAGUUGGCGUGCGUUACAUAACCUACGACGAUGAGAAUUCUCUGCGAUGGCAGUCCAUGGAUGUUGGACACAGUUUAUUAUCCAGUGAAAAAAAUCGCUCGUCUAAAAAUCCACCGUACUUACCGUCGCAAUCGCAAAUUGUCAUUGCCGGUGCUGGAACUGUCGCCAAUUCGGUCGCCUAUCAUUUAAUACUGAAUGGAUGGAACGAUGUCCUUGUUCUGGAGCAAAACACUAGGUUGCCAGUAAAUUCGAGCAAAAUAUUGUAGCAACUUUAUCAAUUGUGUCUACACUAAGAUCCUAGUUAAGAUAAUAGAGCUUGUAGAAUAUGUUUUGUACUAUUUGCAUAAAAUAUUUAUAUUUAUGGUCAUAAUCCUAGUGAAAAAAUUUCAGUAAUUAUAGAAGAAUGUAUAAAAUAAUCUAAUAGCUUUAUUGACCUUGACUUUGAUAUAUGUUAUAGAGUUUAUUCCUGAGUAAUAUAUUUUUAUUUUAAGUGCUUUAACAACUAGAUGGGUAAUCUCUUAUAAUUUUUGAGAUAUUUAAACUUUAUAAAUUACUUUAUAAUCACAGGUAAAACUCUUAUUUAGCGCCAAUGACCUUGACCUUGACAUAUAUCAUUGUUGAGGUCAUGAUCCUGAAAUGCCUGCUUUUUCAUAUGCAGCACGCAGUAGCAGCAAAAUGUCACGUGAUUCAAAUUUUUCAGAACUGCUUCCAUCACAUUUGUUGCGUAUGAAAAGGAAUUUAGCAGCAACAUAUUGAAGUUUAACCUUUAAUAUAAAUAUAAGUACAUAAAUAUAAACAGCGAUAUAUCUGCAUUGAGUAUAUCUAUAUUGUAUAAUUGCAUUUAACGUAUCUUAUAUUACGUAUUAAAUAACCCUGCUCUGGCUCAUA